AUUUCAGAUUAUAUAAAUACCCUACUACAGAAAGCAACAACACAACAAUUCCCAACAAUGAAACAACAACAGCAUUCAUCAAUAAACUUAUGUAAUAUUUACAUAACAUUAUUUAUAACAAUAAUAUUAUUAUUUAAUAUGUGCAUAUGUGCAAGAGAAACACGAUUUAAUGGUAAUGGUGGUAUUAUAAGACGUGAAAAACAACCACGUGAAGUACGUGGAUUCCAAAGUCAAUUAACAGUUGCACGAGGUUUUGGUAAACGUGCAAAUACAUUUGAUAGAGAGACAACACAAUACGUAACACAACCUGAUGGUGUAACAGGAACAGGAACCGUAGCAGGAAAUAUAAAUGAUCCAUUGGAAUUUGUUCGAGCAUCGCAAAUUAAUUCAAUUGAAUCAAUGGCUGAUAAAAUGCAAGAUAGCUUCCCAAUUGACUGGUUUGUUGAAGCAAUGCAAAAUAAUCCAAUGUUGGCACGAACACUCAUUCACAAAUUUGUCGACGUUAAUGGUGAUGGAUUACUCUCGGCUGAGGAACUUUUACGACCUGCAGUAUUUUAAUGAAAUUAAACACACACAAAUAUUAAUUAAUUUCCUAAAGA